AUGAAGCAAAUGAUCCUGGAUGAAGUGGCAAAGUCCAAGAGAAUGGAGAAAAUCACCAAAAAUAGAGAAAAGCGCCAUAAAAUGACAGAUCAAGUGGACCCGGAAGUCACUGAACCCGAGGCUGAUCCAGAUCAUACAUCAACACAAUCAACAGUGCCUUUACUAUGCAUUACUAAUACAAACAACCAAGCUCACAUUAAUACUGACCACAUAUUUAGCACAAGUUUAGUGAAUGAUAAGCGGACGAAGGCUUACGAGAGGGCAUUCACUCUUGGAAUGAGUAUCUGUCCGGUGGACCGACCCCUCACUGACAGCAAUAUAUUCAAUGAAUUAGAAGGCAAUCGCUUUACGGAACUCAUGAGUGCCACAGAUUUACUCAAAAUUCAGACCUCGAAUAACACAUCCGUUGUGGUGACAAUCGACCAGUUCUACCAAAUUAUAGACAUUCAACGCAACACUGAUAUCGCAAAUGUGGUCAAAAUGUGUAGACAUUUAUUCGGAUUUAAUACUCUAUGUGACCAGGAUCAAUUGAUAUUACUCAAACAUGGCUCACUUGAGAUUCAUUCGAUGCGAUCCAUUACUUACUAUGAUAGUGACCGACAGUAUUGGACUAUGAACCUGGAUGAGAGGAAUGCACUCAUAAUUACAAUGGAUUUUAUAAAGACUGCUGAAAGUGAGCUAUACUUGGAGUUCAAAGAGUUUAUAACCAAUGUUUGCGCGGCA